AUGAGAAUAGAUGAGUUUCUUAGCAAAAAUGGAUACUCAAAAUGCACUGUUGAACAUGGAAUCUAUGUUAAAGGUACAUCACAGAAUAGACUUUGCAUAGUGUGUCUAUAUGUUGAUGACUUACUGAUAACUGGCAGUAGUAAAGAUGAAGUUAAGAAGCUGACAAGUCUGCUAAGCUCAGAAUUUGACAUGACCAAUUUAGGAGGUUUGAAAUAUUUUCUUGGGCUGGAAUUCACUAAGACAAGUAGUGGUAUGCUGAUACAUCAGAGGAAGUAUGCUUCAGAUAUACUAAAGAGAUUCAACAUGAUGGAUUGUAAUUCAGCCAACACUCCAAUGGAAACUGCAUCAAAUUUGAAUGCUGAUGAUGAAGGCAAAUCUGUGAAUAGUACUCACUAUAAACAGAUGGUAGGAAGCCUUAGAUAUGCUUGCAAUUCAAGGCCAGAUAUAUGUCAUAGUGUAGGGAUUGUUAGCAGAUUUAUGCAAUCACCUAAACUGUCACAUAUGCAAGCAGUGAAGAGAAUCAUAAGAUACCUACAGGGCACAAUUGACUAUGGUGUCUUGUACACCAAAACAGAUGAGAACCAAAAGAAGCUUGUUGGUUAUUGUGACUCUGACUGGUCAGGUGAUAAAGUUGAAAGAAGAAGCUCAAUGGGAUACAUCUUCACAUUGUUCAAUUGUCCAAUCUCAUGGAGUUCAAAAAAGCAAAGUGUAGUUGCCUUGUCCACAUGUGAAGCAGAAUACAUCUCUGCUUGCAAUGCUGCUUGCCAAGGAAUUUGGUUGCUAGCAUUACUGCAGGAAAUGAAGAUUGAUAUUGAAUAG